AAGGUGUUGCAUCGUUUCUAUCUUACCCAAGCAGACACCUAUUAGGCCCCUGCCUGCAGUUUCUACUAAUCCUAGACGCAAACAUUCAAAUCUGAAACUGCUAAGCGGACAACAUAAGUGCUAAACUCGUUAGAGUGCAGAUUUUAAUGCAUAUAUUAUUCGGUCGAUGGUAUGCAAAGAAAUAAGGUGGCGUUUCACGUUCGUCUCUGCUGAUGGGGCCCCUCGGCAAAUGAGAAAAACCUGAGCGAGACUUCUUUUAUUCCACAGACUUCCACCGAGCAUCAACGAUGAAGGAGCUCAAGUUUGUCACCAACAACAUGUACCACCCAAUGACAAAUCGCGACUCCUCGACGGACGCGUCACUCGAGGCGGGGCUGACCCUGCUCGAGGAGGGCAACCGAAUCGCUGGCACCUGCAGACACAGACGCCGCAGCACGAGCAACACCGAUGGACUUUGCGAAGGGUUGCAGGGGCCCUGUCGGCUCAUCCGCCUGUGCAUUUUGGGCAUCGUGGUGCCCGCUUGUCUCAUCGCCAUUCCGCUCUACGUGCGAUACCACAUUCUGCACGAGCAACAAUAUCCUGUCGCUUUCUCAGACGUCCGACUGAUCGACGGACGCGUUUCGACGACUUGGUGCCAGAGACAAACGGUGCAGGGAAAUGCCUCGUUCAACGCGUACUUGAUGCCAGAAACGCCAAAUUACAAUUCUCGUCCAGCUAAAGUGAGCAUGAUCCGCCACAUGGUGCUCGAAGACGACAUGAAAGAAUACUGGGGAUUUUAUUUGCUGCCUGGGUCCGAGGUCCACAUUAAAGUUUGCUCAAGGUGGCCUGGGGCAUCCUUAAUUGCAAUUAAGGGUCACAAACAUUUACGAGACUGUGCUUACAUUGGAGACAAUUCCUCUGAAGAAGAAGACGAAUUAUUAGAUACGGAUAGAAAUGUUUCCCCCAGAGACUCGACGACGGAAAAACUGGCUCGAAAAGCCGCAACCGACCAAACAACGACUAGCAAAACAGAACCGACCGUCAACAACGGCACGGCGCCGCCAAGAGGAGCACCGAACCCUCUAGUCAACGAAGGCAGAAUUAAUGACGACCCCAUUACGUCCGAGGAGGCUCUGGACGAACUGCUCUCCAAAGUGUCCUCGCUAGGUCCGAGUGGUCAGAGGGCGCUGAAAAAACUGGCCCACCAACUGCAUUCCAAAGAGAAAAAAGACGUCAAAGGUGAUUCCGAGAAGGACCAAUUAAUGGCGCAGCUCCUGCAGGAACUUCUCAAAGCGAGUGGCAGCAAACUCCAAUUGAUGACUUUACAAGAGGAAAUUAAAUCAAUUGACGCUAGAGCUAGAAGAAGUGCCAAACGAGACAAUGUGGAGCUGCAGGAGUUGCUCGAAGAAGUUGUGAAAGAACGAAAAAUUAAUUUUGUUUUGAAUCGGAGUAAGCGACUGGCUGAUUUAGCUGACGAGCUGCACGGUCGGAUGGAUCCCUCUGAGGAUGCUGCUUUUGAAGAGGGUUUAGAGCCUGACGGGAUUGCAGACACAAGAGGGAAGAUUCUGGAAAACACCACGAAUGACAGGUCGAAUGACGAAUUCUGGUCAUCCUUUUCGAGCAGCGAAGAGACCCUGAUGCAGUGUGAAGGUCUCCUCGUCUACAUGCCUCUAGACUCGAGCAGCGAGUGCUCCGCGCCAGGCUCGGCGGCCACCAUGUCUCACACAAACACCUACAGUUACACGGCCCCGACCAGUGGAUACUACUUUUUUGUGUUCAACUCGGAAAACGAGAUCCAGGAAAAUCUAAUCAGUGUCGAGUUCUCCCUGGCGAGGACCACCUACAACACCAGCAUGCGAGUGGCCCAGUGCGACAACACGACCACCUGCGCCUUCCCGCUGGACUUUUUCUCCUCGGAGAAAGUUGUGCUUGAAGUGCCAGUGGCCCCUGGAAAGGAAGGCCCUUCGAACUCAUCAGCCGACUCGCUGGCCAAGCACUGGAAUGAAGAAUACCUGAUUGUGUCCACCUGCGAGCCAAGAACCUCUUUGUACCUGGUGUUCAUGCUACUUGUACCAAUCCUCAUUUUGACAUUUGCCUUUCAGUGAUACAAAUACUUUUUCAGGGAUGUAACUUGUGAAAACCGGAUAAAAAUAUUUCUGUCGGGUGCGCAAAAUGCAUAGAGAACUAUUUUUAUUGUUAGAUCACAUAAUUAAAUCUAAGGUGGGGCGUGGAGAAAUAAAAAGCUCAGAACCUGAUCGACAUUGAGUUGGCGUUGCCCUCCUCGCACCGAUAGCCAAGUCCCGAGUAAAAGGGCACCAUGUGAUCUUUGCAGUCCAAGUUGAUUUUGUAGCAGCCAAGUUCCUCGGCGAGAAGGCUGAUUGUUGAAAUAAUUCUGUACACGGGGAAUUUUAUAUGAAUGACUUAUGUGCAAUGAUAAUAAAAGUAAAUGAAACGUACAAUUUGCCC